AUGGUUAUGCUGAAGAUCUCUGCUUUCCUUUUAGCCUACACUCUCAUCAUUUGUCAAAUGUACAGUUCAAAUGCAGCUCCUGCAAGAAAUGCACUGGAGUCCUUCCAGGAUCAAACCACACUCUCAGAUCAUGAAGCAAGAAGAUUACUAAAUGCUAUCAUCAGAGAAUUUAUGCAUAUGGCUGCUGAGGAUCUGGAGCAGGAAACAAAUGAUGAAGAUAGCCUGCCUAGACCCAUGUCCAAACGCUGCUGCAACCUCAGCACCUGCGUGCUGGGCAAACUGUCGCAGGAGCUGCACAGAUUGCAAUCGUACCCACGCACCAAUGUUGGAGCAGGCACACCCGGCAAGAGACGCAGUGUGGGGGAGAAUAAUGAAUUUGCCCGCUUUGGAGAGCUGCUUGAUCGCAUCUAA